AUGGACCAAUCUCUCAGGAACCUUGCCUGCGUCCCUGGGCAGGGGCGUGUGUGGUGGACCAGCGGAGAGCAUCCGCCUUCUGCUCUUUCUGCUCCAGAUUCUGCUCCUCCUGCUCCCCGCAAGGCCUCUACUCCUCCUGCUCCCCGCAAGGCCUCUGCUCCUCCUGCUCCCCGCAAGGCCUCUGCUCCUCCUGCUCCCCGCCAGGCCUCUGCUCCUCCUGCAAGCGACCAGUCCGAAGCUCGUUCGGCUUCUUGUUCCUCCUCACCCGUUCCUCCUCACCCGUUCCUCCUCACCCGUUCCUCCUCACCCGUUCCUCCUCACCCGUUCCUCCUCACCCGUUCCUCCUCACCCGUUCCUCCUCACCCGUUCCUCCUCACCCGUUCCUCCUCACCCGUUCCUCCUCACCCGUUCCUCCUCACCCGUUCCUCCUCACCCGUUCCUCCUCACCCGUUCCUCCUCACCCGUUCCUCCUCACCCGUUCCUCCUCACCCGUUCCUCCUCACCCGUUCAUCCCGUUCCUCCUCACCCGUUCCUCCUCACCCGUUCCUCCUCACCCGUUCCUCCUCACCCGUUCCUCCUCACCCGUUCCUCCUCACCCGUUCCUCCUCACCCGUUCCUCCUCACCCGUUCCUCCUCACCCGUUCCUCCUCACCCGUUCCUCCUCACCCGUUCCUCCUCACCCGUUCCUCCUCACCCGUUCCUCCUCACCCGUUCCUCCUCACCCGUUCCUCCUCACCCGUUCCUCCUCACCCGUUCCUCCUCACCCGUUCAUCCUCACCCGUUCCUCCUCACCCGUUCCUCCUCACCCAUUCCUCCUCACCCGUUCCUCCUCACCCAUUCCUCCUCACCCGUUCCUCUCACCCGUUCCUCUCACCAGUGCAAACAAACGCCUCUGGGAACCCCACCACCACCACCAUCCCCGCGAGUCCUGCCGCCCCCACAAGCCCCUCCAAUGCCCCCUCGGAUUCUACCGGAUUGUCCGCUGCGGCCAUUGCCGGCAUUGCUGUGACUCAGAUGGCCAGCAAGCACCAUCCCAACCUGGUGCGGCUGUUGGGUUACUCCAUGGGGGGCGAUGUGCGGUCGAGCAUAGAGCAGAUUCUCAUCUACGAGUUUGUGUCCCAUGGAGACUUGGCGAAAUGGGUUGGGAAAGGCGAAAAAGACGCCUUCCUGCUGAGAGACCCGCGCAUGGAAGAAGAAGACGCACCUGAUGAUGUCAUCCUGCGCGCUGCUCACCUGGCCCUCACCUGCACGGCCGCGCUCACAGCCACUCGCCCCAGCAUGGCGCGCCUGGCCAAUGACUUGGAGGGUAUCCGGGGGGAGGUGGUGGGGGAGGAGGUGAACCGCGCAGCAGAGAGGGUGGACGAGGUGGUGCGGCUGGGCACAGGGAAAAUGAGGACGCUGGAGGAGUUGAAGAUUGUGACUGAGUCGCUGGAUGCAGAUGCCAAUGUUGAGUUGAGCUUUGAGGCAGAGAGAUUGUUCUCAUACAUUGGUUGGUUACACUCUUGGCUCAUGACUUGGAGGCUAUCUGGAAGGAAGUGGUGGGGGAGGAGGUGA